GAUUGUCAGUAUGUCUUGCCUUGACGGCCAGACACUCAUUUCUCAAUCCUCAUAUCUCAUUCCAAUCAUUCCUCACCUCAUCAUAACAAGAAAAGAACAAGUAACAACAAAGAAUAAGUAGAAAUGGCUGCUGUUUCUGAUAUUUUUUCUGUAGGUAGUAUUGUUUGGUGCAGAACUUGUUACAAUGCCGAAGUCGAAGGCGAAGUACUGGCCUUUGAACCGCAAAACAAAAUACUUAUUUUGAAAUGUUCCUCUACAAAUGGAGAUCCCAAAUUGAACGAUGUUCAAUUCAUGAAUUUGUCACUGGUUAGCGAAUUACAAGUCAAGAAAGAGGGCAAUGUUUAUUACGAACUACCACAGAACAUAAACCUACAAAGGCUUAACACAAGAGUUAGAAAUCAAGUAGAAGAAAAGAGGCGGAUGUUGCAGGCGAUUUCCGCCAAUGUGUCCUCCGAAGGACAAACUCUAUUUAUAACUCUUUCUAAAAUGUUAAACGUCAAUGUCAGGUGGAGGAAUUCUGAUAUUAUUGUUUGGAACCAAGAGGUCAUCAUCAGUCCUCCUUAUCAGCUGGAAAACGUCAGAGGCAAUGCAAAUAGUAAUGGAUACAAAUACAUUCUAAGAGUGGUAGAAAAACAUCUGCAAGAUCUUUCACUUAAUCCUCAAACUACUACAGUGGUUCAACCAAACAAUAGGUCCUCACAGUAGAACUUGAAAACAUCUUGGCCAUUGACAAAUUCUUUUAAAUCCUACUAGUUGAAAUAUGUAAAUUGCUGAAUCUCGGGUGCAUUUAUCUGUAUCGGUGUCAUUCCAUACUAAACGAUCUAUCAGGAGAUCUUUGCUAAUCAAAUUCUAGUCAUCAGAGGCAAAAAAACAAGUCCAAAUUAAUAAUUCGGAUUUAUUUUUUUUAACUCUGGAUCAAGGGUUAGAUUUUGGCUGUGCAUAGUUCUCAAGGAUAAUCUCCAGUAUUACAUGAAUUAAAUUGCACCUUUGUUCAUAAAAUGGUAUAUUUCAGCUUUACGGAUAGAAUCUUUGUUUGUUAACAACAGAAAGUGGAGUUUGAAACUUUGCUUCUUAGAAGGUAUAUUGAAAUUACCUUGUUUACUAGGUUUUUUAUUUAUAGUUUUCUAUGUCAAAAUAAUCCACAAAGCUGUUGUUUAGCAUUGUUUUCUUAUUCCUUAUAGGCGAUUUUGAACUAAAUUGAGUGAAAUCGAAAAGUAACACUUCAAAUACCUGAAGGAGUGGUGAUAUGUAAAUCAGUUUAAUCCAUGAUUGCCAAUUUUUUGUUUAUUAAAUUAAGUUCUAUUAUUUUAUACAAAAUAAACUGAAAUAUUCCUCUAA